CCCCCCGCCUGCCGGAACCUUCCACUGCACCUUCCACCCCGCGCUCAAGUUCAAACAGCUGGAAACAGAAACAGCUGACAGGCAGGAAAAGCUACCUACAGUGACGUCGCAUCACACCUGCCUAGCGACAGCCGCUAUCAUCCGACUUCUUCUUCCCAUAUCUACCUCCUAGGUACCUUGCCUAUCAAGAGAGACGGAGCCCGACCCCCUUUGCGCGACUGCACCACGGCAUCAUCGUCGUCAUCACACGCCUUCCCUACCAAACGACGCGCCCGCACUCGCGCCCGCCUCGUUCUAGCUCGCUUCGUUUCCCCCAAAUCCAUCCAUCGUCAAUAUCUAAGCAACGAUUCCCGAGCCUGUUGCGUCCCCCUCUUCGGCCAGAAAUUCCGCAAAGCCAAACCUCGACGACGCAAGCUCCUCGUCCAGCUCGUCGUAAAGCAAAAACUUUAAACGCCAACUCAGCAGAAAACCAGCACAGCCACAACCAUGUCGGCAGACACCCACCCGAUAUCCCCCGCCCGCUUCGCCGAAGCCGUGCGCGACCUCUCGCUCGCGACGCUGCACCUCAAGGCCCUCGAGAUACGCAACUCGAUCCUGCACCUGCAGUACUCCAACGCCCAGCUGAAGCCCUAUGCCGAGGGCGCCGCGACGACCCUUGACGCCGCCGAUGCCUCCCUCGGCCGGCCCGACCCGGACUGCGUCGAGGCCAUCCGCGAAAACGACGUUGUCAUCGCUCGCAUGGAGGAGCGUGUGCAGAUUAUCCGCGAAGAGGUCGAGGGCCGCGGUCACUCUUGGAACGAGUUCCGGAGCAAGGAGGAGGUCGAGUCGGAACAGCAGGCUGGUGCCGCGAAUGGCGUGAAUGGAACGACGACGGCGACGACGACGAAUGGUCUUGGUGCCGCGAGGGCGGAAGAGGAGAGGAUCGCGGGACAGAGCGCGCAGGCAGCGAACGAGUCCAGCACGACAACAACGACAGCAGCUUCACAACACCCCGCCUGGCUGGAUGGCACAUUCCAGAUGGGCACGAUACGCAACGGCGAGAUCCACCUGGAUACCACACCCGCCCAGCCUGCGCCGCAAACCAACGGUACGGGCGGUCGCUUGUCGGACGAUGAGCUGCGCCGUGCCAUGGAGGAGCGGAUGAGGGGACUUGGCGACGGCGGCGGCGACGACGACAAUGAUGGUGGUAUGCACUUGUAGU